GCCGUCACCAAUCCCUCCACAUUUUUUUUCGCAUCGCGCGGGUCAUCUUAUGUCAUAAAGAUAGCCUACAGAUAUUACUUAUUACAUUGUAGCACUGUAUGAUGUUUUAAAAGAUACACCAAAGCUGCUCAGAUAGACCAGCUAUGAAUGGGCAGACAGAAGAAGAUGUUGGCGCCUCUUGUGAGCACGUGUUUGACCAGUUUGUCACAGCUGUGACAUGCAAAACCAUUUUAAGCAGCUUUCAGCAGUUGCUGGACCUGACUGGACUCAGGCAUGCUGACCACAGGCAUUUCUAUGAGAAGCUGAAAGCUAAGCUCAAAGGCUCAUGGAAGGCACAGAGUCUUUGGGUCAAGCUAGACAAGCGUGCUGCUCACAGAGACUAUGCCAAGCAACAGUCAUGUGCUGAUAUCAAGGUGCUUGUUAUAGGUUCAGGACCAUGUGGUUUAAGGACAGCUAUAGAAUGUGCUCUGUUAGGUGCUAAAACUGUGGUUGUGGAGAAGAGAGACAGGUUCUCUCGCAACAAUGUGCUCCACCUAUGGCCUUACCUUAUCACUGACCUGAGGAAUCUUGGUGCUAAAAAAUUUUUUGGAAAAUUCUGUGCUGGAGCUAUUGAUCAUAUUAGUAUAAGACAGUUACAGUGCAUUUUGCUGAAGGUUGCCCUACUGCUGGGUGUGGAGGUUCAUGUCAAUGUCACCUUUGAAGGACUGGUUGAGCCACCAGAGGACCAGAGUAAAGGUUGGCACUGUAGAACAACACCAGAGGAUCAUGUCUUGUCUGAAUAUGAAUUUAAUGUGUUGAUUGGGGCCGAUGGUAAAAGAAAUACAUUACCUGGCUUCAGACGCAAGGAGUUUCGUGGUAAGCUGGCCAUAGCUGUAACUGCCAACUUCAUCAACCGCAACACUCAAGCUGAGGCUCGGGUAGAGGAGAUCAGUGGCGUGGCUUUUAUCUUCAACCAGAAGUUCUUCCUAGACCUCAAGGAGUCGACACGCAUUGACCUGGAAAAUAUUGUCUACUACAAGGAUGACACACAUUACUUUGUCAUGACAGCUAAAAAAGCCAGUCUGUUAGAGAAGGGUGUUCUCAAAGAGGAUUACUCAGAUACAGUUGCCCUGCUUGAUAGAAGUAAUGUGAACCAAGAUGCCCUGAUGGCAUAUGCCCGUGAGGCAGCAGAUUUCUCCACCAACUACCAGCUGCCAUCCCUGGACUACGCUGUGAACCACUACGGGCAGGCUGAUGUGGCCAUGUUUGACUUCACUUCUAUGUUUGCUGCUGAGAACGCCUCCAGGUUCUUGUAUAAGAAUGGACAUCAUUUGCUCAUGGGGCUCGUUGGUGACAGUCUGCUAGAGCCCUUCUGGCCUACAGGCUCUGGUUGUGCUCGUGGAUUUCUUGGGGCAUUUGAUGCCGCCUGGAUGAUAAGGAGUUGGGCAAGAGGAAGAACUCCAUUGCAGGUGCUAGCUGAAAGGGAGAGCAUCUACACAGUCCUGUCACAGACAACUCCCAACUACCUGCACAAAAACCACAAUGCUUACAGCCUCGACCCCAACACCAGGUACCCCAACUUGAACUUACGAGCUGUGAAGCCAGCCCAGGUUAAGCACCUGUAUGUGGGGGGGACCUUUAGUGAACAGGACGUAGAAGAAGAUGUGGAGCCUAUUGUACCAUCAAAAAAACCCAGAAACAUUGAUUCAAGCAUAGACAGCUACACACUGUUGAGGUGGUGUCAGAAGGUGCUGAACACAGGGAAGUACCGGGAUGUACAUAUAGUUGACUUCACCAGCUCGUGGAGGAGUGGGCUUGCACUGUGUGCCCUCAUCCAUUCCUUUAGACCAGACAUGAUAAAAAACACCUUGUUGAUGGAGUGUGAUGUUGUUUCAAAUAACCAGCUGGCAUUUAAUGUGGCAGAGAAAGAGCUGGGGAUUCCCCCUGUGUUGACAGGUGAAGACAUGGCCAAGUAUGAGGUGCCAGACAAGCUGACCAUGGUCGCCUAUUUGUCUCAGUUUUAUGAGCUCUUCAAACACGAGCCUUUGCCAUCAUCCAUACCACUGCCUGUGAAAGCUAAACGAAAGAGCCUGACUCGAGACAUCAAACAGCCAAAAUCUCCACGCUCUCCCAACAAACGCACAUCCUUCAUUCAGAGGUUGGCCAAAAUUGCCAAAUCCAAGAAGAGAAAGGAACAGGAAGAAAAUGAAGGUUUCCCACUCAGUUCUAAAAAGAUUAAAGAAAGACAAGAGAAGGCAGAGGUGGAGUUGACGAGGUACAACAAGCUGCCUAUGGAAGAGAUAGCAAACAGACUGCAGCUUGACCGCAAGGCUGAAGAUCCACGUGUUAAAGUGAGUAAAGUGGAGGAGAGAUCUGGGGCUGUCAGUGUCACUGCUAUGGCUGAUCUGCUGGUGGCCAAGUUCAAGAGCAUUGAGGCCCAGCCUCCUCCUGAACCCAUUCGUAGGACGAAAGGUCAGCCAACUCUGCUGGCUGCGUCUGCUGCCAGUGAGUUCUGCUCAUUCUGCCAUAAGAGAGUCUACAUCAUGGAGCGCAUGAGUGCAGAGGGCGAGUUCUUCCACAGAGGCUGCCUCAAGUGUGACCACUGUGGGGUGGGGCUCCGCUUAACUAACUACGCUUGUGAUAGAGACUCUAAACCAGUCAAAUUUUAUUGCUACCGUCAUGCUGUACCUGAGAUGAGGACCAGACCAGCAAGGAAGAGAGGGUUAACUGAAGAGUCCCAGGAUGAUGUACCAGAGCUGGUGGUAACCCCUGCACCAGCUGCAGCUGGUCAGAAUGGACAAGGCCCAGCUGAGAAGUCGCCCAGAAAAACUGCAGCAUCAGAGCUGACCCCCCUGCUGAUGCCAAAAGAAAGUUCUGCCUGUCCCAAGAACACGCCAGAGAGGGUGGAGUUUGAGAUCUCAUUUGAUGGCUGUGAGGAGGAAUCUGAAGAAGAGCAGUUUGAGCACAACUUGCGGGCCUCCAUGUCAUCAGACACACUGCUGGAUGAUGAGUACUCAGAUUCUGAAUCAGACUACUCGGACUGUCAAUUUGAUGAACUUGACUAUCUUUCUGAGUCAGAGAUGGCUGAAAUUCUGGCCAACUGGUCAGGUGCUGAAGAUGAUGUUUGGGAAAAUGCUGUAGAGUCACCUCGACAUUUGACCUUGGAAGAAGCUGUUGAGCUGCAUGGUAGCUGGCAGAGACAGCACUCCAAAGAAAAUCUGGCAGAAGCCGAAGACAUGGAGUACACUAGGCUGGAGGCAGAGGAUAGCUCUUCCACAGAGAUAGAGGGUGAAGAGAGCAGCAGUUCAGAUGAGGAUGUGACAGAAGAAAGAACAGAGUCCUGCCACGUUGUCAAGUCUCCUCUCAGCCCAGUCUCCAAGAUCUCUGCCAGCAAAGCCAGUUUUUUCUCUGAACCUCCCACUGUGGUCAGCCUUGACCCAUGGAGCAUGUUUUCCAUGGGCAAUAAAGCAGAGGUCAGCGGCAGCAAGAGAAACAAGUCUUCUGAUAGGCAGUCAGUUAGCAGCCAGCGGUCAAGGAAAGACUCGUCCAGGUCUACAGAUGUGUCUGCCAGUCUAGAGCUGGACCAGCGGUCAGAUGAUGGCUCACUGGAUGAACUGGUGGAGGAUUUGACAGGAGUCACUCCACCAGGGGGGAAGACAGGGGCGGUCGUAUGUCAUGGCCAGAACAACAAUCACAUAGGCCAGAAGAAGCCGGGAACUUGUAGUCAGAGUAGUGAUGAUGGUGAUGUGUGCAGUGUAGAGGCAACAGCCAGGGACAUGGAGCAAGCUGGGGAGGGGGAUGACGAGCUGCUGGAGGGGGAUGAUGAGCUGGUGGACAAAGUCUCAGUGACUCUAGCCAUGGAACAACUUUUGCGUGAUCUUGACCAGAGACCGCAGUCCUCAGACAGCUCAGACUCUGGGGAAGUUUUCAUUGAAGGCAGGCACAGCCCUAGCGCCAGCAAAGCUCGCAAGUUUAGGGUCAAGAGGCAGGUGAAACGACCAAAGCAGCGCCCCCUAUCUAGGUCAAGUGAGAGUGAGGCAGGCAGAACAGACCCCACCACCACAGACAACUCUCAGCCUCACUCGUCUCGCAGCUCCAGCAUUGAGCAACCUGUCUCACAGGCUACUGACAUUCAGGCUGCUGGCAUUCAGGCUACUGACAUUCAGGCUGCUGACAUUCAGGCUACUGACAUUCAGGCUGCUGGCAUUCAGGCUACUGACAUUCAGGCUGCUGGCAUUCAGGCUACUGACAUUCAGGCUACUGACAUUCAGGCUACUGACAUUCAGGCUACUGACAUUCAGGCUACUGACAUUCAGGCUACUGACAUUCAGGCUACUGACAUUCAGGCUACUGACAUUCCUGCUCCACACCAAGUGGCACUGGAUAGCCAAGCAGACACAGAGGUCAAUGCAUCAGCUGGUCCACCCACAGCUUACCAGGUGAACACAGGUGAAGAGAGUCUCCAGCAGGUGUUGGACAGCAUAGGCACACUGUCAGAGAACUCCGACAUAGACGACAUUGCCCUGAGCAACAUUGAUGACAGGUUUGUUACAGACAGAAGGAGGCCUCGACGCCGCAGGCAGAAUGCUGACAACACCAGCUUCUCUAUUUCAACCCCAAGUGGGACUGUCUCUUCUGUCAGCUCCCUAGAGAUGGAAGAUUUUGCUGGACACACACUUGGUGAUGUCACAGCUGGACACACACUUGGUGAUGAGAUGAGCCCUGACCCUGAUAUGCUGAAAGAGUACACCACAGUGAUGAGCUUAGCUUUAAGUGAAUCUUUCUCUGAUGGCAGCAAUGAGGAGGUACAGCACAGCCCAGACACCAGUAUCUACAGCACCCCAGAUACCUGCAGGAAUAAAAUAGCCACAUCUAUUGCACCAGACCUUAGGGACUCUAUGGCUAGUGACUUGUUUCUCUCUCCACUAGAGACUUUCACCCAGUCUCCACUCACAGUCCAUCAUGUUCAUCCACCACCUCACAAAAAUUUACCAGAUAAUCCACCACCUCACAAAAAUUUACCAGAUAAUCCACCACCUCACAAAAAUUUACCUGACAAUCCACCACCUCACAAAAAUUUACCCGCUGAUCCACCACCUCACAAAAAUUUACCUGACAAUCCACCACCUCACAAAAAUUUACCUGACAAUCCACCACCUCACAAAAAUUUACCUGACAAUCCACCACCUCACAAAAAUUUACCCGCUGAUCCACCACCUCACAAAAAUUUACCAGAUAAUCCACCACCUCACAAAAAUUUACCAGAUAAUCCACCACCUCACAAAAAUUUACCUGACAAUCCACCACCUCACAAAAAUUUACCUGACAAUCCACCACCUCACAAAAAUUUACCCGCUGAUCCACCACCUCACAAAAAUUUACCUGACAAUCCACCACCUCACAAAAAUUUACCUGACAAUCCACCUCCAACAAAAGUAGUAAAACCCCAGAGAAAACUACCAGAACUUUCAAAAUUGAAAGUGUCAGUAAGAAAACAAGAAGGUGGUUCGACUACUCACCUAAACAAUCUAACUGACCACAGCAAACCUGCAGCUGACCACAGCAAACCUGCAGCUGACCACAGCAAACCUGCAGCUGACCACAGCAAACCUGCAGCUGACCACAGCAAACCUGCAGCUGACCACAGCAAACCUGCAGCUGACCACAGCAAACCUGCAGCUGACCACAGCAAACCUGCAGCUGACCACAGCAAACCUGCAGCUGACCACAGCAAACCUGCAGCUGACCACAGCAAACCUGCAGCUGACCACAGCAAACCUGCAGCUGACCACAGCAAACCUGCAGCUGACCACAGCAAACCUCCAGCCUACCCUAGCCCCUACAGUAAAGCCAUAUCGCCCCCAAUCUUCAAACCCCCACAUAAAACCAGAGUCCCCCUAGACAAGAGUAGACUUGUGCUGGGCUCCUCAUCUGACAGAGCUGAUUCAGAUCUGGAAGAGAAGAAGAAAAUAUCUGCAGACGGCAUUGUCAUAGGCAGCUCCGUGAGUGAUGACAUCCCUUAUGCAGAUGAGAGUGAAGCAGAAGAGAAGUUCUAUACCCCUGCAGCUGAGCUGAGCCACAGGCCACCCAAGUUUGCUCACACAUCCAGCCAGCAGUCCAAGACUGAGCACUCAGCUCCCAGGGUCUUAAGUGCUCAUCACAUACGGGACAUCCAAAAGGCCGAAGUGGAAAAAGCCAAACAAUCCAGUGAGAGGGCCAAGGUGAAACUGUCAGGGGAGGUCAAUGGCUCACACACUAAGGGACAUAACAAAGAAAAAAAUGUCAGGCAAGAGAAGCAGAGUGAGCUCCCCACUGACAGUGAUGACAACAGACUGUCCUCCCUGCAGACUUCCAGCGCCACUGAAGCUGAGCAAGGUUCACUCAAGAAGAAAAAAAAGAAGGUAAAAACACCCAAGAAAAAAAAGAAAGAUGUCAAUGAUAGCAGUGGGGAGAAGAAGAGGAGGUCCCUGUUGGCCUUGAUUUUACCUGAUAAACACAGCAGGAGGGGCAACCUGCCACAGGCCAGGUCAGCAUCACAAGAGGACCUUGAUGACAUCACACCCACAGUAGAGAGUAAAAAAGAUCUAGCCAUUUGCUCCGUCUUCCAUUCAGAGGCUUUAAACAAAUCUAGGAGCAAGCCAGUGGCGGUGCAGGCGGUGGCAGGGAAAUCUUUGGCACCCAAGUCAUGUACUGAUGAACUCUCUGACUCGGAUGAGAGCCAUUUAUCUUUCUCUACUCUACAGAAAAGACAGAGAGAAGAUUUAGAUGAGCGUGUAGCUCGCAGGCUGCGCAAGCUACAGCUGAAAGAACACAGGCAGGCGCAGCAGAAGAGGCUGAGGAUGGCACAAGAGAUCCAGCGUCAACUAGAGGAGGUGGAGGUCAGGCAGAGAGAGCUGGAGGAGAGGGGGAUCACUGUGGAGAAGGCUUUAAGAGGAGAUGGGCCAGAUGGAGACAGUGUUGAUGAAAGUCAGCUGAUGAGUGAAUGGUUUUCUUUGGUGCAUGAGAAGAAUGCUCUGCUGAGAUAUGAAUCUGAGCUUAAUGUCAGAGCUAAAGAGCUAGAGCUUGAGGACAGACAGGCCAGACUUGAACAUGAUUUUAGAGAAAGACUGAGACAACCUGCCAAUGGAGGUCUUCAGGAUGAAAGCAAGAAAGGCAGCAAGACAGACAGUGACCUAGUUGUGGAGGGAAGCUUGCUGGAUGAACUGCUGGAUGUCGUAGAGCAGAGGAAUACAUUGGUGGCUAUGUUAGAGGAGGACAGGCUCAGGGAGCAAAAGGAAGACACAGAACUCAAGACUAUCAUGGCACAGAAAGGAUUUUUAUUGUCUCCCCUCAGCUAUGACACUAGACAUGAGCGGAAAAAACUCAUUGAUUCUACUUCACCUGUUCCACUUUGAUCUUUGUCACAAAUUUAGUUGCUUCUACUGCCUCAACAUGUUGCUAAAGCUAUAAGAUAUACUGCUUGAGUUGUUGCAAUACAAUAUACUGCUUGCAUUGUCACAAUAAGAAAUACUGCUUGAAUUGUCACAUCUCAAGUUCUUCCAGGCUUGCAAACAGUGCAUUCCACCAAUGAUGUAGCAUGAGUUAGUUGACUGCACAUCAAGCAAUCUUUGUUUAGUACACCCCAACACACUACUAAAUCUUUGACCGCCCAUUCACACCAAGACUGACAAGUUACAAAAAUUGAAAUGUACUCUCCUUAUGCAAUAUGUAUGUAUGUAUAUGAUCAAAUUCUUGUGCAAUGUUAUGCAGCCAUUCUAAUGUCAUGUAUGUACAGGUAGACCUGCCUACAUGCAAUUGGUGGAUCUACAUUUCUGUGCUAAUACAUGUCCAACACACUAAGACCAACAAUCUCGUUUUAUUUAAUCAAGUUUUAACUCCACUAACAGCCCAUAUGUGACACUACAACUGACAUGUAUUUGUGAGCAAUAGAUCUAAUCAGAAUCUCACUGUGACAAACUAUCUCAGUAUAAUAUGCAUCUGGCCUAUAUGAGCUAGUGUUGUGUUGUCCAGUCCAUGAGCUAGUGUUGUUUUGUCCAGUCCAUGAGCUAGUGUUGUUGUAAACUAGUCACUGGUAGAACUGUAGCACAAUAUAUCUCUCACCAUGGGCAUCCCUGCCUGAAUGUAAUUUAUGUAUUCAGUUCUCCACUAUUUAUAUGUGAGUUAAUUUUUUUAAUGUGUAGGUUUGGAGAUUUGUUUUUGUAAAUUUACAGUGGGUCGCA